AUGGUGCAUCUCGGUCCAAAACCUGCUCAGAAAAGAAAGGGAACUUUCACUGAUGUUUCUCCUCAAUUAUUAGACGCUCUUAAACCAAUUCAAGAGCAAUUUACUAUUUCUGCAGACACAUUAAGAGCCAUUGUCAAACAUUUCAUCUCAGAAUUAGACCGUGGUUUAUCAAAAGCUGGUGGUAACAUUCCUAUGAUUCCUGGUUGGGUCAUGGAUUUCCCAACUGGUAAGGAAACUGGUUCUUAUAUUGCCAUUGACUUGGGUGGAACCAACUUGAGAGUUGUCUUGGUAAAAUUAGGCGGUAAUAGAGAUUUUGACACUACUCAAUCCAAAUUUGCUUUGCCACCUCACAUGAGAACUGCCACCCUGGACGAAUUGUGGGAUUUUAUUGCUAAAUGUUUGAAAGAUUUUGUUGAUGAAAUCUACCCAGACGGCUGCACUGAACCAUUGCCAUUGGGUUUCACAUUCAGUUACCCAGCUUCCCAAAGCCGUAUCAAUGAAGGUAUUUUGCAAAGAUGGACUAAAGGUUGGGCCAUUGAUGGAAUUGAAGGAAAAGAUGUUGUCCCAAUGUUGCAAAAAGCCAUUAAGAAAGUUGGCGUGCCAAUUAAUGUUGUUGCAUUGAUUAACGAUACCACUGGUACAUUAGUCGCUUCCAUGUAUACUGACCCAGAAGCUAAGAUGGGUUUGAUUUUCGGUACUGGUGUCAAUGGUGCUUAUUUCGAUGUUGUCAAGGAUAUUCCUAAAUUGGAAGGUAAAUGUCCAGCAGAUAUUCCACCAGAAUCACCAAUGGCCAUCAACUGUGAAUACGGUUCAUUUGAUAAUGAAAAGUAUAUCUUACCAAGAACUAAAUAUGAUGUUCAAAUUGACGAGGAGUCACCAAGACCAGGUCAACAAACUUUCGAAAAGAUGAUCUCUGGUUACUAUUUGGGAGAAGUUUUGAGAUUGAUUUUAUUAGAAUUUGCUGAAGAGAAGAAAUUGAUCUUUAAAGGUCAAAACAUUGACAAAUUGAAGAUCCCAUAUGUUAUGGAUGCUUCCUACCCAUCAAGAAUCGAAGAAGAUCCAUUUGAAAACUUGUCUGAUGUCGCAGACUUGUUUAGAGAAAAAUUAGGUAUUGAAACCACAGAACCAGAAAGAAAGAUCAUUCGUCGUUUGGCUGAAUUGAUUGGUGAAAGAUCUGCUAGAUUCUCUGUUUGUGGUAUUGCUGCCAUUUGUCAAAAGAGAGGUUAUGAAACUGCUCAUUGUGCUGCUGACGGUUCAGUGUACAACAAGUACCCAGGAUUCAAAGAAAGAACUGCUCAAGCUUUAAGAGACAUCUAUGAAUGGCCAGCAGAUAUUAAGGAUCCAAUCAUCAUUGUUCCAGCCGAAGAUGGUAGUGGUGUUGGUGCUGCUAUUAUUGCUGCUUUGACAGAAAAGAGAUUGAGAGAAGGAAAAUCCGUUGGUUUGUUAGAGGCUUAG